AUGAUAAAACUCCUCAUUCAAGCGGAACAACUCACUCAACUGCAAGCCACCAACACUACGACCGCCACCACCACCAUCACCGCCACCACCACCACCAUCCUGGGAAAAAAAGAUUCCACGCUACAAAUUCAAGGUGCUGGCGGAGGCUGGAGUGAGGAGUGGCCUAAAGCUAGCGAACACUCCAGCGACGAGGAUUCUGAUGAUCGCCACCGAUACGCUAUUGAACACGGAUUGUGGACUCCUGACCCGCGGCUACUUCUGGGGCCCUAUGAGGAGGACGAGCCUCGGAGACUGACCAAUGCCCGCUUCCUCACCGCCAACAACACCGUCACUACCGUCCAAGUGGGCACCACCGCCGCCCUGCGAUGCCAGAUUAACGAUGUGGCGGAGCACGAGACGGUUUCAUGGGUGAGGCGCCGCGAUCAUCACCUCAUCACGCUAGGCAGCCACACGUAUAGCAACGAUGAUCGCUUCCACGUCUCACACUCCCCGCCCUUCAAAAUCCCACCGGGCAAGGGCAAGGAGUGGACGCUAUACAUCAGGUACGCCCAAGUAAGGGACUCUGGGUUGUACGAGUGCCAGCUGUCAGCUCAUCCACCUAUGGGUAUCCUGGCAAACCUUACAGUUAUACAGGCAGUGUCAGAGAUCACGGGGCGGCCUGACCUUUACGCACAGGAGGGCAGUGAUGUAACUCUCCUCUGUCGCUUGCGUAACUACACUGAGCCGCCAACGUAUGUGUUCUGGUACCACGGUGACCAAAUGAUCAACUACGACGCCGACAGAAAGGUGAGCGUGGUGAGUCGCGGCGGGGAGAGUGAGCUGCGCCUCGCCAGUGUGAGUCACGUGGCUUCGGGAAACUACACUUGUUUCCCUGCCAACGCCAAGCCCUCCUCCGUUAUCCUACACGUGAUUACAGGUGAAGCUCCAGCCGCCAUGCAACGCGCCGCCGCCCCGCCGCUGCACAGCGCCUACACCGUUGCUCUGGCUUCUGGCACACUUGUUUUACUGAACUUAUGAAUGAUAGACGGCCUCCAGAAGCCCCACCGACUGAAGUAUCUUGAGCAGGUGUCAGCAAGGUGAUGAAAGAAGAAUUUGUGUUACCGCCGUUCAUUGAUAAGCUGACCCAAUGCGUGUCCCUGAAGGCACUGACUAGCUGACAUACUACUGGUUUUGUGGAAAACUUCUGAAGGCAUUUUCAUAAGAGUGAUUUUAAGCGUUUGUGUGGUGAUGGCUGCUAAGAGACGUGGAGUGAUGUAAGAAAAUGUGUGUACACCGUCCUCCUCGGUCUCGAUGUUAAAGCCAGACACGAUAACAGCGGGGAAAAGAGUGAAGCGGAGCUGAAAGGUGAUUUUUCAUUUUGAAAAGACGAACAUCUAUUGAUUCUUUGAUGAAAGAGGAGAGAAAAGGUGAAGUGAAUUGGAUUGUUCGUCACGAUGUGACCUUUAAUAAAUACUCAACUGUGAAUAAAUAGAUAAAUAAAUAAAUGAAUAUAU